CAAAGCCAGCAAACCAAACAAACAUAUUGCUCGAGGAAAACAGCGAAUUUCUUCGAAUUUCGAACUCAAAGCAUGCAAAAAUCGUCUCAUUUUGCACGCGAGGAUUCCCAGGAGCAUCUGCCCAGCAGCCAUACCCACAACCCGGUGAACAUGAAGCGGCGCACCCUCUCCGGUAGCUGUGGCGUUGGCGUCUUCGUCUUUGCCUUUGCCUUCAUUGUGAUUGCCUUUGCAACGCCCAGUUGGUUGGUGAGCGAUUAUCGCAUCACGGGAGCAAAGCUGGACCGUUUAGGGCUUUGGGUGAACUGCUUCCGGUCGCUGCCGGAUGUGAACGAUGACAGCCUGCGUCGGUUCUUUGUGGGCUGCCGCUGGGUCUACGAUCCCUUCACCACAGGCUACGAUGAGAUCAGGGGCUUCCUGCUGCCCGCCUUCAUGAUAACCACACAGUUCUUCUUCACACUGGCCUUCAUCGGGAUGCUGGUGAGUGCCAUUGGAGUCCUGAUCUUCUUCCUGUGCGCUGGCCCGGAUCAGAAGCACUUCAUCACGCUCAUUAGAUCAUUGGGAUAUGUGCUCCUUGGCUCUGGCGUGAGUGCAGCCAUUGCCGUGAUUGUGUUUGCCUGUUUUGGUAAUCGCAAUGGUUGGAUGCCGGAGCACGCGAACAACUGGUUCGGUUGGUCCUUCGUCCUGGCCUGUGUGGGCACGGUAUUCACCUUUGUGGCUGCCGCCCUGUUCCUCAGCGAAGCCCAUGUCCAGCAACGGAAGCGGGUGCAGUUCAAGGAGUCGCAGACGCGAUUUGAGCUAGUGCGCGGAUAGUUGCAGACACAGCAACUAGCACACAUUUGAACUAAGGAAAAAGAAAAACAAGAAUCUAAGAAGACACAUUUCAGAAACAAAAACAUUCCGUCCCCACGAAGAAUUCUCACAUUCUAACAAUUGCAGUCGAACUUCAACAAGUAGGAACUGUAUGCUAGCCAAAACUUGACAAGUAGCUUUUAUAAUUUGUGUUUCUCUUUAAAAUAUUUGUAGUUCAGUGUUUUAUGUUAUUUUUGAAAGUUAAUCUGUAUCUUAUAUUGACAAUUUUGGAUUUUAAUAAUUAACUUUUGUUCAAAAGGUUAAUAAUUAACAAACAAAAACUUACUCGAAUUAGAAUACAUGUAUUGUUUUUGUCUCAAAUCCAGUUAAACUUAUUAAAAAGUUUUAACAAAUCAUAUCAUAUCACUAUAAGCAAGUUAUAAAUCUUUCCUGUUAACUUUGACAACAAUUCAAUUGAUAUUGGCUUUGCAUUAGGUUUUCGUUUCUAAAUAUCUUAAGAUAGGCUAACAUUUUAUAUACAAAAACAGAUCGAAUAUUUAUUCCAACUAGUUUAAAGGUUCUGCUUAUAGAAGUUCGACUGUAAGUUAUAGGUUUUUAGUUGAAAAAGUUUAUGCAAUCGACAGACGACACAUCAACAUCCCAGGCUUUCAGUAUAAUGGUACUUAUGAAUCAUCCAUCCAAUCGACCAGAACAAUUCCAGACGAAGACUGAAUGUUUUUCCGAUUAUGAAAAAGAAAGGAAAGACGCUCAACCAGAUGACGCAUAUGUAGAGUAUAAUGCAAUAAUAUUUGCAUAACAAUUUUCGCUCAAUUAACGUCCAGAGACAACCAGACACACAUUGCCAUUCCCCUCCAGCAAUUGUACCUACCAUAUAUUUUUUUUGUAUUUGCAAAGUCGCAGGCUAGUCGGAAACUAGCAACGAAAUAUUACACUCGUGCCUUAAUUAGAGAGAGAGAUAUAUAUAUAUAACUAUUUUGAUAUAGUUUAUAGUGCCUAAAUACAAAUUAUAAUUAUUGUUAGAGAUACCUAACCUGACCUGACCUGACCACCUGCGACAAUACCCAAAAGCCCCAUUGGAUUGCAUAAACUUCUGCUAAGCAUAGUGCCUUAGUUAAGUGACCCAGAGAGAAAGCUAAGCGAAUCACAUUCGUCCAUUAACUUUAAGCAAUAAUCAUUCCCUUUUGUACUCGAAUAUAAAACGCACACGUAGUACGUACCUUCUUUUGAAGGUAAUAUAGAAUCUGUAUUAGUAUUUAUCCGUCCUUUUGCACAAUGCUAUACAAAACUUUUAUUUGUAGCAUAUUCUAAACCAAGAAUUUAGCAAUGUAUUAAAAGCAAAAAGAAACUCUUUUUACCCCUCCCAUAUACAAUUUUAAUAUUUGUAACAUCUUUUAUGUACAAACGACUUUUAGCUAAAGCGAAGAAAAAUA